AAACGAAACUCCGAUUAAAUCAAAUGUUAGGUUUCGUUUUCGUUAAGAUUCGUUUCCAUGGAAUUCGCUUGGUAUCCUCAGCUGUUUCACGCGUAGAAAGUCAGUCACUGCAGACACAGACACAUGCCCGGACACCAUGCCGCGUCCUCUCAGCGUAUGGAGCUGGGCCUCUGUGCAAUGCCUGCUCCUCCAAUCCCUUAUUCACCUUUCAGCCUCCGACCCCUCCAACAUCGACGUGUUCUCCCAGGUGGGGCAGGAGGUCACGCUCCCCUGCCACUGCAGGUCCACCAUAGAUCCAGCCAAGGCCUCCAAGCACCCCUACCUGUGGUGGGAGACCCCCAUGGAGAGUGUCUUUGAGCUGGAGGGGCCCCUCCGUUUUGAGGCGCCCAAAUACAGGGGGCGGGUAGACGUGGGGCUGCUGGGUUUCGAGGAGGAGGGCAACUGCUCUCUGCUCCUGCGGGCCGUACGCUUCUCAGAUGCGGGGCUGUACGAGAGCUUCGUCCGCGUGGGCAGGAGGAGGAGGUUCGUCAGGAGCGUGGAGCUCAACGUCAGGGAUCACAAGGACAGCAAAACUCUGGCAGAAGGAGAACACCUUCAUCUGAAGCUCCACACCACCCAGGAUGUGACCGUGGUGUUCCAGGGGAAGGACGCCAAGGCGGGCGAAAUUUGGCGGAGGUGGGGCGAGGGUGAGGGCAAGGCCGUCGGCGGCAGGCAGGGACGUCUGGUGGAAAGGGAGGGGGCGCUGAUCCUUUCGGAGGUGAAGCUGGAAGAUUCGGGGACCUACAGGGUGCUGGACCCUCAGGGGCUGGCCGUUAGCACUCUUCUCCUCACCGUGGAGCCAGAAGCUGAGCCCAUGCAGCCGGCUGAGAGACAUCAAGAUGCCAGAGAUGCUCAUUCAAGUGCGGGCAGAGCAAGCGGCACAUCGCCCAUCAUAAGCGCCCUCAUGCUCUUCAGCUACUUCUGUCUGAAACUCUGAAACAAAAAAUGACUUAUUUUUACUAUAUUCCACUAAAACAUUUCAAUUUUCUGGGGUGAUUUUGGGGUAAUCUUGUCCUUCUCUACUGGAGGUGCCUCUUUCAUCUGGAUGCAAACGCACGUGAGACUGGGUGAUCAUCGAUUUGUUUUAAUGUGGCCAAGGCAUGGGGUAAGUUUUGUGGAAGUUGAUACUGAUUUCAUAUGC